GUAUCAAAUGAAUUUCAAGUCGCGUCGCACGUGUUUCGUCCUUUGGCGCGGAUGUGACUACGACUCCUUAUCGCAGAUUGUGGUCUUGGCCACGAAAGGAUAUCUCGCAGUUGCCGCAUUCAAUAGCGGUGUCGCGGUUUCCCAACUUUCUCAACUGCCGCAUCUGUUUUUUCAACUUGUGCGCGAGACGAUACUAACAUCGUUCGGUUUCGAUUUCGCUCAGUGUAUAAUGCUCUUGAAGCAAAAGUGAAGUUUCGAAUCGGAGGCCGCUUUAAGCGGCCAGUGAAAGAAUCAAUUGUCUGUUAAAAACUAACUUUGGAUGUUUAAAUGGUUUAAUUUAUGGGAGAUAAUCGCCCAGCUGAUGCUGACACCAAAAAAUGCACUCCAAAAUCGAUUGUGGAACCAAACCAUUAGCAGUAAUGUAAAACCAAAAUACGACCAUGGCCAUGGAGGGAAAAUGCUUCGGUUGCAUCGCAACGCCAAUUCUCGUAAUAAUGAUAAGCAUUUCGAGAACUUGGACAAUGCAGCAACAACACUUGAGUCCUGCCAUCCAACAACAUCCUGCAGUUAAAUCGAUGUCUCAUCUGGUGGAUGGCAAUGACAACCUGUUGCCCAUGGUUUCUGCCCCAUCGAGCAUUGAUAAAGACUACGUUUACAUUGCCUCGGUGAAUAGGAAAUUUCCCCAGUUCGGAAACUCCAUCGAUGAUGAACGAGAGGCCGAGGAGCAGCAGCCCGAGGAGACCACCUAUCCGCCACCCGUUUUCGACUUCGGAAUGCCCAGGAAUAUUACAACCCGGACGGGACACACGGCGGCCAUCAAUUGCCGCGUUGACAAUCUGGGUGAUAAAUCGGUAUCCUGGAUAAGAAAACGCGAUUUGCACAUUCUGACUGCAGGCAUUUUGACCUACACAUCUGAUGAGCGUUUCAAGGUGGUGCGGACCGCUGACUCCAAGGAUUGGACAUUGCAUGUGAAAUAUGCCCAGCCACGUGACAGCGGCAUCUACGAAUGCCAAGUGAAUACGGAGCCAAAGAUUUCGAUGGCAUUUCGCCUGAAUGUCAUAGUAACGCCGCCAGAUGCCAAGGCGAUUAUUGCCGGACCGACGGACCUCUAUGUCAAAGUGGGCAGCAGCGUAACGCUCACUUGCCACGUGAAGCAGCCGGCGACGUCGGCGCAGGAUAUUGGGCCAAUUUACUGGUACCGCGGCCCCUACAUCCUCACCCCCUUCGUGGCCCAUCCGAAUGACGCGGCCAUCGAUUUGCAGCGCAUCUCCAUGGAGUCCACGCUGGCCGAGAAGCUCCAGAGCAGAUUACGCAUUGCCAAUGCUCAGCUGCUGGACACCGGAAACUAUACGUGCAUGCCGACCACAGCGGAAGCGGCCAGCGUUGUGGUCAAUGUCAUCAAUGACGAAAGCCCCGCGGCGAUGCAAAAGAGCAGGGCGAUCCGGACCAGUGGCAGCAUGCGGAGCAGUCGGAUGGUCCUCCUCCUGGCCAUGGUGGCCAGUUCCGUUGUGCGAUGGCUUAUUGGUGGCGGACGCAUCGGGAGCAACAGCUGCCGCGAUUCCUGCUCGAAUUUAUCCACUCUGCAUAUCAAUUAUUGCAACCUGCGUGCGAGAAUCACCAGCCACUUGGAGCAGCAUCGAUGUUUGGGCCCGGGAUCGACGGUCGAAUCAUGAUAAUUAAGAGGUGGCCACUUGGAAAUACAAUUAUAAAAAACAUCUUGUAUAUAAAAAACUUAAUUCAUAGUUAAGCAUAACUCAUUUGUGUAAAUCUGAGAAAUCUGGGGAGAGGAUGGGAAAGCCGCUGUAUGAAAUAAUUAGUUUAUCGUACUGCUUCGUCAUCCUAAACUUUAUUUAUCGUUUAUUACAACAUUAAAAUGAUUGUGAAACUUUCCAACUGUCUGCAUUUAGUGGUUUCCCAUCUGGCAUACCGUAAACUAAACUAUAACUAUAUUUAAUGCUAAUUUUUAUGCCUAGCGUAAAUAUUUAUGUAAUGAAAAUAAAAAUGGUGCCCAUGUAAUUAUCGAAUGUAAAACGAAACGAAAUUACGAACGCGAUAACAGACACAAAGCUGCAUUGCAUUGUUAGUUUUAGAAUGCAAAUAUUAUUAUUAUUCGGGUUAUUUUACGUUUCUGUUAUUGCAAUUAGCUAAUUAUAUUUGUCACUGUGAAAGCACUUGAAAACCAAUUGAAUUCAACGCUCAUUAUCAUGUUUGAAAUUGCAUUAUCAGCCACACAAAAAAGGGCCACAACUAAUUUCACUUCGAUUUAGUUAUAGAUUUUCACAUAUUCAGAGUGCAGAACGAACGAUUUGUAACCGUAUAUAUCGAAAUUCUCAAUGAGAGACAAUGAAAUGUAUUUUGUUGGAAUAAAAACUUGAUUUUAACCACAUUUACCCUGUA